CUCAGUGCUGGGUUGAGAUCCGUGGACUGCCAACCACUAGCCCUUUCAAAUUUGUGAACGGUUUCCGUAAUACAGUUUGCCACCUGUUCCAUCCAAGUCAGCAGAAAUGAGCAGCACAAUACCAGAUUCCAUGUACGCGUGGCGGAAACACAGAGGCAAUCCGGAGCCGGUUUGGGAGCAAGUGGCGGUACCUAAGCCGUCUGCUAACGAAGUGCUGGUGAAGCUUAUAGCGUCUGGAGUGUGCCGUAGUGAUCUCUCACUCCUCCAAAUUGAAAAACAAGCCGGCUGGUUUAGAGAAAAGUACAUCCUGGGCCAUGAAGGAUGUGGCGAGAUCGUCAAGUUCGGCGAGAGCGCUGCGGGAAUGACUUCCCUGAAGCUGGGAGACAUCGUCGCACUGCACGCCGUGCCAGGCUGCCAAGAGGAAGAUUGUCCAGAAUGCAGCAGAGACUUGUCGCAGUGCUGUGAGCGAGGUCACCACUCGGGCAUCGGGCAAGACGGGUUCUAUGCACCCUAUGCCGUCGUGGAUGUUCGGGGUGCCGUGCUUGUUCCGCAAGGCGUAUCACCUGCUCAAGCCGCUGUUGCCACGGACGCUAUCAACACAGCUUACCAUGGCAUCGUCCGCCGCGCAGAAGUCAAACCACACGAGACGGUGUUUCUAUUCGGCCUGGGAGGUCUAGGUAUGAACGCACUGCAGGUCGUCCGCCACAUUGGUGCCAGGGUGAUCGUGUUAGAUACUCGGCAGUCCUGUCUAGACACAGCCAAGUCUUUAGGAGUGCCAGCCGAUGACAUCGUGCCCCUAAGCAUGGGAGCAGAAGAAUUUCUGAGGAACAAGGGGCCAGAGACUAGGAUCGACACUGUGCUGGAAUUUGUCGGCAAGCACGAGACUUUUGAGGCUGCACAGCAGAUAGUCCGGCGAGGCGGCAAGAUCCUGUGCGUUGGAACCCUUGACGCAGACAACACCAUUCACAUGAAGAUCGGGACAAGAAAACGACUGAGCUUUAUCUUUACAUAUGGUGGGCAGGCAGGGGACCUGAAAGAGGUUCUCGAUCUCGUAGCCGCUGGAGCGAUAAAGCCUCAGGUAGAGGAGAGGUCGUUGGACAGUCUUCCGGAGGCCCUCAAAGGUCUAGCGGCCGGUGAGGUCGACGGAAGGGUAGCUUUAAUGCACAAAUGA